CGGACUACCAGCAAGGAGACAGCACCUACUAAAAAGCGAGUGGACGUCUCUGGCAGCGAGCUGUUAGCCGGACGAGGGACAUCUAACCGCUGGCUUUUUAGAUUUUUCUCGCUGGUAUUUCGUAUGAAGCAGCUUCCCUCUUGUUGUCGCCACAGGGACAGCGGAGAUGGAAGACGAGGAGAGGCAAAAGAAGCUGGAGGCCGGCAAAGCAAAGUUGGCUGAGUACCGCCAGAGAAAAGCUCACGCGGACUCCCAGAAGAAACAGAAAAAGAAGAAGAAAAAGAAGACGGCGGAGGACUCGGAGGGAGACUUGCAGGGAAGGGUGGAGGUCGAGCCGGAUCAGUCUGCGGGAGGAGAGGAGGUAUCAGGUGGAGGAGGAGAUGGAUCACAAGAGGGAAAUAAAGACCCACCCACCACAGAGUUUACCUUCGCAAGGACGCUGCGGAGUGGAGAGACUGUCAAGCAUGACCAGACCUACACUAUAGAGCCGGAGAGUGAAGUGUCCACUACUGCUGAAGAUUAUUCCUCAGAGAUAAAUGGGUGCCAUGAUGUGAUGACAGAGAAUCUAAUGAUGUCUUCGAAGGAUUUGAUCUGGGAGGAGGUGGAGCCUCUGCAACAGGUGACAAAGGGAGGUACGAUGCAGGAUAUGGAGGAUGCACUCGCCGCCAAGACCAAGGCAGUGGAGGAGCUGAGUCGAGAACUUGAGGAAAUCAGGGCUGCCUUUGGAACAGAAGGAGUACAGCAGCUGCAGGACUUUGAAGCUGCUCUGAAGCAGCGAGAUGGUAUCAUCACCCAGCUCACAUCUAACCUUCAGCAAGCUCGUGAAGAGAAAGACGAGAUCAUGAAAGAGUUCCUGGAGCUGACAGAACAAAGCCAAAAACUACAUAUUCAGUUCCAGCAGCUGCAGGCAGGUGAGACACUAAGGAAUACCAGCCACAGCAGCACAGCAGCUGAUCUUCUGCAGGCCAGGCAGCAGCUCGUCCAGUACCAACAGCAGCUGGAGGAAAUGAACGCAGAGGUCAGAAAGCACCAGGAGAGGAGCAGUGAACAGCUGGAGCACAUCAGCCAGCUCCAGCACAAACUCAGCGAGUUGGAGAUGCCAGGGAGAAGAUCAGAAGAGUCAUUUACACAAAGGAUAAAUAAAAAGGACCUGCUGAUUGCUGAACAAGAAAAAGUCAUUGUGACUCAGGAGCGAUCGCUGACGGAGUUAAGAACAGCAGAGGAGUCUUUUGCACAAACACUGAAAGAGAAAAGUCUGUUAAUUUCAGAGCAAACUGCAAUAAUCACAGAACAUGAGCGGUCAUUGACCCUGCUCAGAGAGGAACUUGCUCAUGUUGGAAGGACUAGGGAUGAGAAUAUUAUACACCAGUCGGAUGAGAAAGACCUGAUCAUAGCAGAGCAAGAGAGAGUCAUUUCAGAACGUGACUGCUCUCUUACACAGCUUAAGAAUGAGCUUGAGUCCUCUGAAAAACGCCUGCAUGACCUGCAACAGCAAAUGGCUGUAAAACUGUCAGAGCUUGAAGGAUGCCUGAAAAGCACUAAGUCUGACUUUGAAAGCUGUAAAAGUGAAAUGGAAAGUUGUAAAUUAGAACUGGAGAAAGAGCUAGUAGAGUUAGAAAGUUGUAAGGGUGAACUUGCAAACUCUAGACAAAAAGAGCGAAUGUCUUCUAAUGAAAUUAUGCAGCUCAUGGGCACAGUAGAGGACCUGCAGAAACGCUGUCACCAGGGCAGCCUGUCUGAGAGUGACACCAUCCAAAAAAUGCAGGAAGAGACUGUGAGGAAGCUUGAACUUCUCAGGGCAGAGCUGGAUGAGAUGUACGGCCAGCAAAUUGUCCAGAUGAAGCAGGAGCUUAAUUUGCAACAUUCAGCAAAAGUGGAGCAAAUGACUGAGCAGUAUUGUGCUGAGCUUGAGCUUCUAAAAGCACAACUGUCUCAAAGCUCUACUGUUGAGGUGGAAUCUCUCAAUGCUAAGAAUAAGGAACUUCAGGAGACAUUAGAGCAAUCCCAAGCAAUGCACAAUAAAACCAUAAAUGACCUAAGCCAAGUCACCCAAGAAAACUUCAACCUGCAGGUCAAGGUUGAGGAUCUUCUUCAAGAUCUUCGUUCUGCUAAAGAAAAAGUGGAGCUGGUCUCCCACAGUCUUAUCUCUCAGGAAAGCCAGCAAGGCGAACUGCAGCGCCUCCAGGAGAUGAUUGACAAACUGAAGAGCGAACUGGCUGCUGCUCAGGAAGCUGCACAAGAGGCAGAAACAAAACACGAAUCAGAAAUAACCAAUUACAAGAUCAAGUUGGAGAUGUUAGAGAGGGAGAAGGAUGCUGUGCUGGACCGCAUGGCCGAGUCACAGGAAGCAGAGCUGGAACGACUGAGAACUCAGCUCUUGUUCAGCCAUGAGGAAGAGCUCACCCAUCUGCGGGAAGAAUUGCAGAAGGAGAGCUUCCUGAACACAGAAAACCUUCUCAAUGAGGCUACUAUGAAACAUGAGAGAACGUUGGGUGACCUGCGCGUUAGAUAUGAAGAAGAACUGCAUUUGUUACGAAGAGAGAAGGCAAAUUUUGCCACAGAGCGAGAUGAGCUUUUGCACCAAAUCUUUGGCCUGAAAGAAGAUCUAAAGCUAGCUUUGCACAGCUCCAAGGCAGAUGAGCUUGUCCAGCAGCUCCAAGAGCUUCAGGUGGAGCUUGUGGAACUGAGAAAGGGAGGAAGAGAACGAGCUAGAAUGGAAAAAGAAAUUCAGGCAUUACUAAAAAAGACAGAGGUGCUUGAAAAAGAGAAAGAACAAUGUUGGGAGAACAAUUGGAAAGAGCAGGAAUUAGAAAAGAAGACAUUAAUAGAAUCUAAUAAAACUUUAAAAGAAGAGUUGGACUCAAAAAUUAUGAAAAUUGAGAAACUCGCAGCAGAGAAGAAUCAAAUACAACAACAAGUAGAUGAGCUUAGAGAGGAAAUUGAAAAGCAGAGGACUACUUUCUCUUUUGCUGAAAAGAAUUUUGAGGUAAACUACCAGGAGCUGAAGGAAGAGUACAUGUGUCUCACUGAGGCAAAGACACAGAUAGAAGAGAGGACACUGAAGGAGACACUUGAGUUUGAGGCAAAAAUUGCCAGCUUUCAGUCACAGAUUCGGGAUCUGGAGGAGAGUAGAAGAGAUAUCAAAAUGGAGGACACAAAUACAGAUAGUAAAGCUUUGAUAGAAAAAGAUACUACCGAGCUAAUGGAGAAACUUAAUGUUACUUUGAGUGAGAAGGAAGCCCUUGCUGGGAGGCUUUCAGAAGUUACAGAGCAACUGAUGUUCACUGAGAGCAAAGUGGGACAGCUGGAAGAGGAGCUGGUGAAAGUGAGAAAAGAAAACGCAAAGGUCAACACCCAAAAUGAAAGCCUAGGGAAAGAACUGGAAAACAACCAAGAGAUUAUAAGUGCGCACAGGAGGGAGCAGGAUGCCCAGAGAAAAGCUAAGCUCCAGAAAGACGAGGAAGCUGUUGAGACAGUUCCUCAAGAGGAGAUAAAAGCUCUUCGGUCGCUCUUAUGGGCAGCCGAAGCCGAGAGAGACAGCAUCCGGCAGACCCUGGAGCUCCAGAGGCUUUCGCAGACUCCAUCUCCAGCAGCAGCCCAGUCCUCGGGCGAGGGACCUGUUGAAGGACGACCCCCCCCACAGAAGUCCACAGCCUCAGGGUCAAGCAGGCGCAAGAGACGGCAGAGGUCGAAGCAGGAGCGCAAACUGGGCACUUCUCUGUCAGACAGCAGAGAAGAAAGACAAAGGGAGGAGGAAGAGGAGGCAGUGGUGGAGGAAAAGAGAGCUACAAGUGCCGUAGAGCAAGAGAUGCAGCCUCACAUGGAGAGCCAGGUUAUAUCAUGUUCACAGGAGAGGGCCAGAAAGGAGGACUCUGCUGACGGGUGCCAGGGAGACGGAGGCAGAGACUGCAUCAACAAAUGGGUGAGCAGACAUGGGUUGGGCGGCCACCACACGGAGCCUGACGUUUGUCAGGGAGCAGAGGAAGAAGGAGAGACUACUGAGCAUGGUGAGUGCAGGCUGCAGAUGGAGGCCCAGCGCAUCAGCCUGUCUCAGAUCCAUGCUGCCCAGCUGGAGCUGCUGCAGGAGGAGACGGACGCCCGCGCACACUCUCUGGAGCUGAAACUGCAAAACCGGAAAGGUCACGGGAACCUGGAUGAGGCAAAAAUCUUCAAAUAUCAGGACAUGUUACAAGCUGUGUCAGAAGAAUGCAGUGAGAUCAUUCUGUCUUUUCGCGAGAUGUUUGGUGAAGGCUUUUUGGAGAGUGUUGAUGUGGGCCGGCUGCCGGCUUCAGAGGAAAGACCAGAAACUAGUGAAUCCACCUCCAUUGUACUGGAGGCCAGAGAGCUAUACAAAGAUCUUCAGCAGGUGAGGGAGAGGAUUGAGCAGGAAUAUCAUCGACUGUCAGAGCUCCAGGCUCUGCUGAGAGCCGACGGGAGCAAGAUGGUGGAAUUGCAGAUGGCGUACGAUGAACUGAAGAGCAGCAGUGAGAAGGAGAUCUCUGACCUGCGUGUGCAGGUUGCCAGCUUAAGCCUCUCCUCAAGCAAAGAUUCAGAGGAGCCGGCUGGUGCAACAUCUACCUCCCUAACCAAGGAAUUACAGAGGCUGAAGGUCGAGGCUCAGGAGAAGCAGCUCCAGCUGGAGGAGAGUCACAGACAAGAGAUGGAGCAUCUCAGAGCUCACUACCAGCAGCAGGCCACCGAGACCGACGAGCGGUACGCCAUUGAGCUUUUCGUGCUGCAGCAGCAACUGCAGGAGGUCACAGGCACUCAGACCCACUACAGCGAGUCCACAGUUCCAGAGUCCAGCUCUGUGAGGAUGCAGGAGCACAGCGAGGAACUAAAGGACCUGGGUGAAGAGGAACUGUCAGCGGAGGGCGUGGAGUUGCGUUGGCCUACCAGGUCUGCAGGCCUGACGGCACAGCUGCAGGCACUGAGGAAAGCGCUCUACCACAAGUAUGUCCAAGAAGUAGCCGCUCUCAGAGAGCAGCACAGCAGCGAGCUGACGAGCCUGAGAGAAGAAAGGGAGCAGGAGAGGAAGAGAGAGGAGCGUCGGGAAGAGAGAGGAGAGAAAGGGCAGGACCUCGACAGUAUCCACAGUGCUGGAAGCUUCACAGAGAGCCUUAGGGCUGCCGGGCAGGUCGGGCUGGAAGAAAAACAACACUUGGAUAGAGUGGAGGAGGAAGUUGCCAAAGCCAUAGUUCAGAUGUCAGUGGAGUUUGCACACCAGACUGAGCUGGCUCGAAUCAACAAGCGUGCCUGCCAGAGGAGCACCUCCAUGCAGACCCAGUCAGAAGAAGGUGGAGAAGUGGAGGAGAAGACGAAUGAGGAGGGGACUCCCAGAACUUCUCUCACCCCGGGUGCCUGGCUGGAGGAGGUAGAGAGGGAGAGACUGGAAAAGGAGCUGGAGGAGAGGAACGCCGAGUUAAAGGAGGAGCUGCAGAAAACUGAAACCGUGCCCGAGCAGGCCUUAAAGAAGAGAGAAGACGAUCUGGAUGAAGUGGAGGAAGAGGAAGAUCCAGGCGGGCCGGGAAUAAAGCAGGCUUAUGCAGACAAAUCAUUAUCACAGGAUGAUGGAGAGUCCUCCGAUAACGACGCUGAAAGAAACCUCUUGCGUAAGGCCAACGAGAAGCUUAGUCAGGUGCUGCUUGAUGUCCUGAAGACAACGGCAGCGGCGGAGGAAACUAUGGGCCUCCACAUGCAAAGUCUGCGUGAUGCUUCCGGUGUUGGGCAGCAGGCUGCACCGCCCCACUCCACCUGGCAGAGAGUUAACACGCAGCCCAUCAAGCCUUAUGCUGCAGGUCGCGUUUCAGAAAGUUGCCAGGGCAGUGAGACCGGCGGAGAAAAUGUGACUUUGUGGUCUGGGGAGACAGAGGCUGACGGUGGUCUGGAGGUGUCCCAGCAGAUGAUGGACAGCCUGCUGCUGGGAGCGGGGACACAGUUGGAGAACGAGGAAUAUCUAAUGGGCAUCAGCAGCCGACUCCAAACGGCUCUGGAAAAGAUGCUGAUGGCCAUCACCGACACCACAAACCAGCUUGAACAUGCCCGGAUGACCCAGACCGAGCUGAUGCGGGAGUCUUUCCGCCACAACCAGGAGAUGAGCGAGCUGGUGCAGAAGCAGGAGGAGCUGCAGGACAGGGUGUCCGAGGAGGCCCGGGCACGGGAGCAGCUGGCUCUGGAGCUUCACCACGCUGAGGGUCUGAUUGAUGGCUACACGGGUGAACGGGCUUCGUUGGAGGAGCAGUUGCGUCAGAAGGAGGAGGUCCAGCUGAGCCUCGAGCAAGAGCUGCAGGUUACAAGUAGCCGGCUGCACGAAUUGGAGCAGGAGAGGCUGCUGAUGCAGGAGGAGCGGGAGCUGCUGUCACGGCAACAGGACGCUAUGAGGGAGCACGCUGGGCCCCGUGAGCUUCGCCUAGUUGAAGCUGCAAUGGUUGCAGCACCUGAAGCAGACCUGCUGGAGGAGACGGAGAAGCUGAUGAAAGAGAAGGUGGAGGUCCAGCGUCAGGCAGAGAAGGAGAACUCUGACCUCCUGAAGCAAGUGAAGCUGCUGGAGGCAGAGCUGGAGGAGCAGGUCAACAGGGUGAUCGAGCUGGAGCACGCUCAGAGGACAGAGAGCGGAGACCUGCGACAACAGAUCCAAGCUCUUGAGAAACAGCUGGAGAAAAACAGGAGGUUCCUCGACGAACAAGCUGUGGACCGAGAACACGAGAGGGAUUUCUUCCAGCAGGAGAUCCAGAAACUGGAGCAGCAGCUGAAGAAUCCGCAUAAGCUUCAGACCGGAUCCGAGCAAAGAAACCAAGAGGUGGACCAGCUGACCUCCCAGUUGAAGGAGAAGGCGGAUUGGUGCAGUGAGCUGCUGCUCAGCUCAGAGCAGCUGCAUCGUGAGUUGGGAGAGCGCGACGAAGAGAUUGACAAGCUGGAGAGCCGCAUCCGUGAGCUGGAGCAGGCCCUGCUGGCCAGCGCUGAGUCCCUGGAGAAGGAAGACCAAAAGAAGCAGCAUGCACCCAUCGCCGAGACCAAGAGACCCACCACACUGGAGACUCAGUUACAGACGGAGAGAGAAGCUCUGGAGCGGAAAGAGAAAGAGAUCUGUAACCUGGAGGAGCAGCUGGAGCAGUUCAGAGAGGAGCUGGAGAACAAGACCGAGGAGGUGCAGCAGCUUAACAUGCAACUGGAGAUCCAGAGGAAGGAGAUCAACACCCAGCAGCAAUACCUAGAAACAAGGGAAAGCAUGCUCCAGGUGAUGGAGGAGAAGGACAGGGAAAUAGCACUUCUAAAUGAAAAGAUCACUAAGCUUCAACACAUGGAAACAGCUUCUGAUAACAAGGAAAUUGAUGAGAGGGAUGAGCUGAUAAAAGACCUAGAGUCCCAGGUGCAGUGCCUGCGGAGUGAACAAGAACGCUUGAAGAGGAAUAAUGAGGAGGAGCUUGACCAACUGAAUGCGGUCAUAGACAAACUUCAGCAGGAACUGGCCAAUAUCGAGCAAAAACAGGCUCUAGAGGAAGAAGAGGACAUCAAGGAUGAACCAGAGAGUGGCAUGUGGGGGCCAAGUAAUGAAGAGUACGAUGAAAUGAAGCAGAGAAUGGACCUGGCCACCAAAGAGCUUGAUGCACUGAAAACAGAGCACAGUAAGCUGUUGCAGACAUAUCUGCGCUUGAAAGAGAGUGCAGAAGCUUUAGCUGAAAAAACAAAACCGGAUUGUUCAGAGAGUGAACUUGAAGAAGCUCUUAGAGAGAAAACUGCAGGUCUCGUAGUCAUGCGGGCCCAAGUACAAGCUCUAGAGCAGAGUGCCACAUCCAGGGUGGAAGAGUUAGAGCUCCGCAUCCGAGAGCUUGAAGACUUGUAUGGUGAAAGAGACAGUGAGUUAAGCCGCUGUCGCCUCCUUGUGGAGCAAACACAAAGCUAUGCAGAUGGCCUCCAACAGAAGGUCUCUUAUCUGGAGGACAAUCUGAGGGAGAAAGUGGCUUUAGCAUUGGUCAGCCAAGCCAACCUGGAAGCUUUCCAGCAGCAGCAGGAACAAGGAUCCAAAGAAAACCCAGACCUGCAGAGACAUGCAGAGACACACGUGAAGCCCAAUGCGGAGCCACAGGUUUACAACUUUGGUGACUUUGGUAUUCCCCAAAUGGAUUUCAGUGGACUGGGUCAAGCAAGACAAGUCCCCACUGGGAAGGUGGUCCAUCUGACCCAGAAGCUUCAGGAGCUGGAGGUGGGACUCAUUGGGAUGCAGAAAGACCAGGAGCUCCAGAAGCAGCUCCUCUCCAGCUCUGAGGAGGAGGUGCUGGAGUACGAGAGGAGGCUUGCUGUGCUCAUGGACCUGCUCAGUCAGAUGAAGGCCAAGACUCACCAGAGGACUUCACCAGCUUUGGAGGACUCCUCUGCUGAUUGCCAGCCAGCUGUGUCCGAACUUCUUCAGGAGUUGCAGGAGGUUAAAGACGAGACCUCGGCUACUAGAGAGCAGCUCGACAGCUACAAGGAGAGCUGCAGCAGACUCCACGAGGAGCUCCAAGCAAAAACAGUAACAAUAGAGAGACUACAGGACCAACUUCAAAAAGUAUCAUUGAGUGGCAGGGAAGAGGUCAAGUUGUCCGAGCUUCAGCAGGAACUCAUGGAGGCUCAAGAUGAGGCAGCAGCCACCAAAGAGGAGUUGAACAGCUGCAGGGAGAGCUUGGAGAAGCUACAGGAGCUGCUGCAGGAGCGGGAAAUGACCAUUGCUCACCUUAAAGGAGAAGUUUUCCAAGUAAAAUCUGAACAGGAAAGAGCCGACAGGACUGAGCUUCUACAGGAGCUGCUGGAGGUCAGAAAUGAUGUGGCAUCCACCAAAGAAGAACUCAACAGCUACAGGCAGCACAAUGAGAAACUGCAGGAGGAGCUCCAAGUUCGUGAAGUGUCCAUUUCUAAACUCAAAGAGGAGCUCCAGGGGUUGAGAAAGAAUGUGGAUACCACCAAAGAAGAACUCGACAGCUACAGGGAGCACAAUGAAAAACUCAAGGACGAACUGCACGUCCGUGAACUGUCUAUUUCUAAGCUCAAAGAGGAGCUGCAGGAGGUGCAAACAGCUUUGAUGAAGACUGCAGAGUCUGGUCCUCCAUAUCCAUCUUCUUCUCCAUCUCCUUCUCCGUCUCCUCAGCCUCAGUCCUCUGCUUCUUCCUCGUCCACCACCCAGCCUAAGAGGAAAGGAGCCAGACAGCCGGCUGGUAAGGGAAGCAGUGCCAAAGAUAAACCAUCUCUGUCCAAGAAAAACUCUUCCUCUUCGAGCCAGUCCUCCAACAGAUCUCAUAGCUCGCGGCUAAACAGCAGCUCCGAGCCGCAACACGUGGCUGUAAAAGAUUCGUUCACACAGACCGAACCUCUCCAAAUGUCUGAUCUCAGUCCGGGAAACAAGUCUGCCACGAAAGAGGAGAUGGAGGAGGUGAUCGGAGAGUUUCAGGAGAAGAUAGUGCAAAUGCAGGAGCUCCAUGCAGCAGAAAUCCUGGACAUGGAGGCUCGGCAUAUUUCGGAGAGCGAGAACCUGCGAAGGGACACACAUGCUCUGGAGGACGAAUGUAAAGCCCUCAAGGCCAUCAUUGACAAGCUGCGCUCUACUGAGGCCCCUACAUCAAGACAGGACCGUCUUAUGCCACAGUUCAAAGACGGAUACACCAGUGACAGCAGCUCAGACUAUAGCCAGCGCACUGGAUAUGACCUCCCGAGCUUGCAGCAGGAGUUCAGGACGACUCCAGAGGGCGCCAGGAGAGAACCUGACGAUCCACUGCCUGACCGGAUCAAGAUGUUGCUCCGUGAGGUGCACCAGGAGGGCAUGCAGGUACUUUCUCUGUCAGAGCUUCCUCUCUCUGAGGGUGAUCCGGGCAGCCAGUUUAACGUCCAAGGCUGGGUGAGGGAAAGAGAUGCUCUGCUCGCAACCGUGGAGUCUCUCAAAGGCCUCAUCACUCAGAUGCAGAGACACAGAGAAACACAGACGUCAGGUAGUGUGGACUGGCGUGCGGAGCUCCUGGAUGCAGUAAGGCAGGUGUUCCUGAGGGAGCGAAGCGUGCUGAAGAACACCCUCUACAGCCAGUUGGACAUGAUGGACACCAGUGAUGCCAUCAUCCACCUAAGUCAGCUGGAGCGCAGACUGGCUGAACAGGAUGCCCACCACAGAGAUGCGAUGGGUUCACUCCACACUGCCGAGAGGUCCAGUCUCGUCUCUGAGAUUCAUCAGCUCCGUGGUCGACUAGAGCAACUCCAUCAAGGCGUCCCUCCUGCGACGUCUUUGGCUGUUGAAUGCAGCAUGAAGGAGCAGAGGGAGGGAGGAGGAGCAGAUGGAGAGGCGGAGGCCGAUACGCUGCUGGUGGAGGAGCUGAAGAUUGAACUGUCCCAGACUAAACUAGAGCUGGAGACAACGCUCAAGGCUCAGCACAAACACCUCAAAGAGCUGGACACACUCAGGGCAGAGGUAUCAAAGAAGGCUACUGAGGUGGACGCACUCAAUGACCAGCUGACAGAGGAGAGGAAGAGAAGCAGAGAUCUUCGGUGGGCCAUGGAGAAGGAGAAAUGUCGAACUGGGAGAACUGAGGAGAGUAAGCAGGAAGAGCUGGAGGAUCUUCACAUCAGUCUGGAGGAGCAGAAGAGCUGUUUGGCUCAGCUGACCCUGACCCUGGACCAGGAGCGCCAGGCCUCGUCCCAGCUCUCGCAGCAGGCAGAGCAGGAACGUCUGAGUCUCCACAGACGCCUCCAGGAGCUUCAGGUCCAGCUGGAAACAGAGCGAGCCAAGGCCCAGGAGAUGAGCACUGCGCUGGGGAGAGAGAGGGAGCUGCGGACGGGUGUCUCCUCCGACAACGGUUCCUCCAGUGAGGAGCGGGUCGUGGAGGACAAAAGGGGGCUCGAAGAGGAAGGGAGUCUGCUGGAAAGACUGCAGAGGGAGCUAGAUGACAAGCAUGCACAGGUGGUGCAUCUCCUCGGUCAGGUGGAGGCCCAGAAGCUUGAGGUGGUGCGAAAAGAGGAGGAGCUGACUUUGGCGAGUCAGAGGUCAAGACGAGACCAGGAGGCACUCCUGGAGGCUCGGUCCCAGCUGGAGAGUCGGGAAGCACAAAUGUCGGAGACCCAGGAGCAGCUGGAUAGAGAGAUGGAGAGGAGGAAGGGCCUGGAAGAUGAGAAAGAGAGACUGGAGGAGAGGUUAACCCAAGUAGGAGAGCAGAGAGGACAAAGGGAUAGGAGCGGACCUCAGCAGGCCGACAGCCACAGUACGGUAUGGCACAGUGAGUCCACCGACCACACCAAAGACUGGGUGUACCACCAGAAGAGUGGAAAUGUUCAGUCUGCCAGCCCUGGCACAUCCCCCCACCUGGAGGUCUCCCCAGCCGGUCACGCCAGUGGACCACAUCAUGGUCCGUGGCGCACAGUCGACAAGAUCGUGGGCAAACUCCACCUCAUCUCCUCAAAGAUCCACAGCCUGGCGAGUAAAACUACUGACAGGCUGACUGCAGAGGUCGACAGUGAAGAGUUAUCUUGGGUGCAGUCUAGUGUUGAUGAGGUCAUCACUAUGCUGCAGCAAUCCCCCGGUCUACCCUCCGUCCCUGAGAGUGUGUCCCUGCUGGCAGGAGGUUCCUCCAGCUCCUCCAACUCCCUGACCGAGCGGCUGCUGAGGCAGAACGCCGAGCUGACGGGUUUUGUCAGCCGUCUGACCGAAGAGAAGAACGAUCUGAGAAACCACACGCUCCGCUUGGAAGAAGAGCUCAGACGUUACAGGCAGACUGGUCUGGGAUCAGGAGACUGCUCCAGCAGCCAGAGAGGAGUUUCAAAGAUGGACUCAGCAAGUAUGCUGCUUUCCCAGGAGCGGGAGGCUUGGACUCGAGAGAAGGUCCGUCUGGAGAAAGCUUUACACCUGGCUCAGUCCCAGAUGGCCCGACUCAGGGGAGAGAUCCGGACGAACACCAUGAGAGAGAUAACAGGACCUGAGGCUGACAAUGCUGCGCUGAAGAGGAUGUACGGGAAAUACCUGAGGUCAGAAAGCUUCCGCAAAGCACUGAUCUACCAGAAAAAGUAUCUGCUGUUACUUCUGGGCGGCUUCCAGGAGUGUGAGGAAGCCACGCUGUCGCUGCUCUCCAGGAUGGGCGGCCAGCCGACACUGUCCAGCAUUGAGUCCAUCAGCCACCGCCGCCGGGGGCUAAUGCGCUUCCGCUCUGCCGUCCGAGUCUCUAUCGCCCUCUCCAGAAUGCGUUUCCUUGUGAAGCGAUGGCAUAAGGCAACAGGGCUCAGCUCCUCAACCUCCUGCAGUUUCAACAAGAAUGGAACAGCACAGACAUUAGGUACAGAGGUGAGAGAUUCACUGUAUCUUCACCCGGUCGGCGUGGAGUUGUACAGAGAGAGAGGCAGUGGAGGAGGAGGAGGAGUCUCCAGCAGCAGGGUGAGAAGUGGACGGGAAUCGCCCCGAUCAGCCAUCUCCUCAACCCACCACAGGUUUCACAUGGCUGGAGACCACGGAGCUCUCACCUGCUCCCACCUGCAGAGCUACGACCCCGACCGAGCGCUCACUGACUACAUCUCCAGACUGGAGGCCCUGCAGAGGAGGCUGGGGAGUGUGACAUCAGGUGCUUCUUCAUAUACUCAAUUGCACUUUGGCUUGAGAAGAUAGAUGCUGACAAGUUACUUUGGCUUGAAGAAACUCAGUUGCCUUUUCUCGUGCUGAGCGCUCUGCUGUUUUCUAUCAUUAUGGUGUGGACUGUAUCUUUCCAUGCGGACCAAAACACAUUUUUUAUUAAGUGUACGACAUGUUGUAUUCAGGCUUUUUUGUCGCCAGCACUUGAAAAACAGCUAUGUUUGUAAUUUAAUCUGCCUCUUUGUUGUGGAUGGACUACAAUCAUGUAUAUUUGUCUAUUGCUAAUUUAAGAACUUGUGAUUAAUUUAUAUGUUUGUGUUGUAUGGGUGGAGCAUUACGUAGAGAAUGUUUGGGGUUUAUUGUUAAGGAGGCUGCUACUGGAUAUCCUACACUACACUGUGUUUUGUUUAGGCUGGACAGACUACGGAGGACAUUUGUAGAGAACGUAUUUUUGUAAAGGGUAGGAGCUUUGAAUUUUCUGGUUAUUUUGUCAAGAACUGAAAUAAA